UAUGUUUUAUUUUGCAGGUAACAACAGGACCCAAUAACACCUGUGUGAAUGACUUCACGGGGACCUCAUCAGCUUGCCCUCUAGCUUCCGGAAUAUUUGCAUUAACACUACAAGCAAAUCCAGCACUGACCUGGAGAGACAUGCAGCAUAUGUUGGUUGAAUAUUCUAUAUCUUCAGGUCUACAUGCUGACGCAAAUUUCUACACGAAUGCUGCUGGUAAAACAGUAAGUCAUUGGUUCGGAUUCGGGUUAAUGGACGCUGAGGCGAUGGUGGACAACGCGCCAUCUUGGAAAAAUGUACCUUCUAGUACAAUCUGCUCAUCAACGCAAAUUGACGUGGAUAGAAAUUCAGUGACGUCAUCGAUGGCGAGCACGUACUCUGCCAGCCAGUGUUUCAUAAGCUAUCUAGAGCACGUGAUUGUUACCAUAAGAUACCGUGCCUCGAGACGAGGAAAUGUUGAAUUCUAUCUCGACUCGCCGUCGGGUACUCGAAGUAAAAUAUUCAGAUCGAUAACUAACGAUUCGUCGUCGUCGUCAAUAACCUGGGAUUUUAUGUCCGUUCAUACAUGGGGCGAAAACCCGGAAGGUAACUGGACAUUAACUAUGUCUGAUGCAAACGUUGGAACAAGUAUGAAUCUUUAUUACUGGAGUAUACAGUUUUAUGGCACUGUCACAGAUCCAUUAGCUGGAAUUCCUGCUGCUGGUGAAUUUGGUGGUUUGUGCAUAGAUUCCGCGGAAUGUAGUGCUCUCACAGAUGGUGGUUGUUUACAGGACGGUAAAAUCUGUGUCGUCUGCAACGACGGAUAUCGCGUGAUUGACAUAUAUUGUAAACAGGAUGGUCGGUUAGGUGGAUAUUGUGAUGACAAUGUAACGUGUGCAACCACUUCUCUUGACUGUAUCAACAAUGUAUGCGAAGAAAAGGAGCAAGACGAAGAAACUGACAAUACGCCACUUAUCGUGGGCGCCGUUAUCGGGGCUUGUGUUGGUAUAGCCCUGCUGGUUGGUGCUGGCUACAUUCUAUACAAAGGUUGUACUGGUGUUAAAGCGACCUCUGCCGUCACCCCUGCACUAUAUGUACGACCACCAGUGUAUUCAUCACAACCUCCGCUAUAUUCUUCAUCCGGGGCAACUGCAAACCAACGUAUACCAUAUGUCAGCCAUUUUGAAAACAGUAUGUCAUCAUUUCAAUCACGGUAAUGGUGUUACAUUUCAGUUUUUUCAUGUUUCAGUUAAAAUUUCUAAUUAUUAUUUUGUUUGAUUUUAAAUAUUAAAAUUAUCCUUACUUUGUAACUCAAAAUUUUUUUUUUCAACAAACAAGAACAUUUAGAAAAUGAUGAUUGUUUCAGACAUAGGCACACAUUUAAUCGACUAUUUUGCAGAAUUUGUAAAAUGUUGUUCUGUUUCUUACAUGAAAUUUUCAUUAUGUCAGAGAUAUAGAUUUAUAUAUCACCAGGGUAACUUUAAUUAAGAUUCAAAAAGCGUUGGUCGAUUCAAUUUUUUUAUUAUUAAAUUUUACUUUUUCAUUUCUUAAAUAUAUAUGACACACCUACAAUCAAUACUGUUGAUAUUUUAAGUAUCAAAUACUAAUGCUUCUGUCGGAAAUAAGCUUCUGAGCUUUCAUGUUCAUUUGUACAAGCCUAGAAUUUUAUGUAAAUCUGUACAUGUUACAUGCCACAGUGUUGUUAUGUUUCUAGCUAUUUAGUUUCAGUGUAAAUAUAUCAUGUUUAAAAUUCUGAGCUAGUUGAUAUUAAAAUAUGGCAGCUCAACUUUCUGUGAUAGCUAAAUGCUUACUGUAUGUGAUAUCUUGAUAUUUUCUUUAUAUAUUCAUUAAGUUAUUAUUCUGUAUACCUUGAAUAUGUUAUCAUUGUUUGUGUAUCUUACUGUUUGUUUUGUAACUUGCAAAUGUGCAUAUUUAAAAUAAAACAACCAAUCAAAUGUAAGGGUAAGGUAAUAUUGUUAUUACUUAAGUAAAUUUGCAUAAUAAAAGAAACAAAACUGA